GAGGGGGAGGAGGAGGAGGAGGAGGUGGUGCACACUGUUGGUUAGUUACCCAGUUGUCAUGACGACCUCACGCCCCUCCAUCUCCGGAGCUGUUCUCGCGUUGCCACGGUGAGGCCGUCCCGUCCCGACCGCGCUCCCCUCGAUGAUCCGGAUCGGGCCGUCAAAGGAGAGCGAGAGAAGCCCGCGGAUGGGCGGAGAGCGGAUCGCACGCGGAGCCGCGGACCGGACGGCAAAGCGCGGCGUGGCGGGAAAGCUGUAGGCCGUUGCCUGGAAACGGCGGCAUGCCAACGCAACAGAUAACGGUGGUUCCCGCCAAGGAGGCGGCCGGCGGCGGCAGGAGCGCAGCCCGCUCCAAAGACAAGACGGAGCGGAAGAAGGCCCCCCGGUCGGGGAGUCGAUCCAGCAACAUUUCCAAGGCCAGCAACUCUACAGCAGGAAUAACAACAGCCUCAAGAACGUCCAUCACCACGUCUUCUCAGGACAUAUGCAGUUUGAGCCAGCUGACCCCUCUAGAAGAGGAUGUUUCUGAAUCGCGAAAAAACAUCAAGCUGGCGCCCGCCUCCGAGAUGCCCGUCCCCGGCGCCGCUCCGGACUCGUCUGCUCAGGCGCAGAAGAAGCAGGUGAAGCGCCGCCACCGGCGCAAGAGGAGCGGCUGUGCCGCCGGCGCCGCCGCCUGCGUGGAGGCCAACGGCAAACAGGAGCAGAGCGACCGCAGCCUCAGCUCGGACCGCGGCGAGCCCGGGGAGAAGAAGGAGUGCUCCGCCAAGAACCGGAGGGAUCAACCGCCUCACGUCCGCUGCGCGGGGGCGCCGCGGUCCGACUCCUCCUCUGACGACGAGGCGUGGCGCCAGGCCCGCAGCUGGAGCAAAGAGAAGGCCCGUAGAGUGCGCCGCCGCAGCGGCAGCAGCCGAGAAAGGGAGGUGGCUGGCGUGGGCAGAGGAGGGGAAGACAAGGUGGAGGUGAUGGAGCUGCAGUCGCUGGGCUCGGACCAGGGGAAGGAGGACCGCCCUCUGGCGGAGGACGGCGCAGGCCUCAAGAAGCGCCACAGCGGCGGGGGAUCCAUCAAGAGGGAGGCCGCCACUCCGCAAAGGGAAAGCCCCCACGACCGCGACAAGGAGAAGAGUCACAAGUCCGGAGAAAGCUCCUCGGUGGCGGAGGACGGCGAGGCGCUCAUCACCAAGAGCUACCAGGAAAGGGGGGCGGGGGGCGGGGACAUGGCCGUUCCCACACCGCAGAAACACUGCGGGGCGAACGGAGGCGCGAUACGGCAGUACUCUGAUGACUCCGAGAUGGAGGCCUGCAGGAUCUGCCACUGUGAGGGGGACGACGAGUGCCCGCUGAUAAUGCCGUGCCGUUGCACUGGGAGCCUGAUUUUCGUCCACCAAACGUGUCUCAACCAGUGGAUCAAAUCCUCGGACACCCGCUGCUGUGAGCUCUGCAAGUUCGACUUCAUCAUGGAGACGAAGCUCAAACCUUUACGCAACUGGGAGAAGCUAAACAUGACGACGGCGGAGAGGAGGAAGAUCUUCUGCUCGGUGUUGUUUCACCUGAUAGCGUUGGUGUGUAUGUCGUGUUCAGUCUACGUUCUGGCCAAGAGAACCGCGGAAGAGAUCCGACUUGGGAAGAGCGACGAGUUUCGGAGAGUUCCUCUACUGAAAUACUAUACGCAUGAGGUUUCCUCAGGUGUGCUCGAGUGGCCCUUCUGGACCAAGCUGGUCGUGGUGGCCAUCAGCCUCACGGGCGGCCUCAUCUUCAUGUACAUCCAGUGCAAAAUCUACCUGCAGCUGUGGCGCCGCCUCAAGGCCUUCAACCGCAUCAUCACCGUGCAGAACUGCCCCGAGAAAGAACUGCACGUCCCUCAGGCCCGGAACAGCAGCCUGACCAACGGCAGGCACGAGACCGUGGAGGUCCCGGCCAGUCCGGCUCCCACCGCGGAGCCGCAGGCGGACUCGGACACGUCGGUGGAGGCCGCCGUGGCGCCGGCGCAAAACCCCGUCUGAGCCUGAUCUCUUCCCCCCCACCCCCAACUCGGAAAGAAUCGUGAAUGAGCGCGGUGUCGCUUGGACUCGUGCGACGGUCUAGUGUUUUUCCUCUCCGCUGUGGUUACUGAUCCUGAGACGCGAGAGAUGAUCCGAUGUCCUUCAUACCUCUCGGGAAAGUAACGGCAGCAGCGAGAGAAGUUUGUAAAGACUGUAGUUAUGUAAUAUAUUACGUUUUAUUCCUAAUAUGCACUUUCUCAAACUGCACUGACGUAAGUUAAACUUGUGUACACCCUCAAGGUGCUUUUCAAGGUCUCAGUAUGCUUCAAACCAGAGAUGCUAACAAAUAACCGUUUAACUGCUAAGAUACAGAAGGUUUUAAUGAGAAACGGCAGCAGUUAAAAUAGAUAUUCAACAUGCUGAAGAGGAGAGGCUUUUCAGUUGAAGGCUGAUUCGACCUCACAGGCCAGACUAAGUAGCGCCGUUACGUUUGCACCACAUUGUCUGAUAGCUGAAGAUAAAAUUGUUUGAUGCACCCAAAUACUUACUAGCAACUACCAAGGAAGGUCUUUGGAGUCCUUCACCUCCCGGACCAGCUCACCAUCAAGGAAUUGAUGGCUGCGUUUUGCCAUCCACUCAGUAGCAGCUGUAGUCAGGAGGAACCUAAAUGCAGACGCAGCUCCGUUGUCAUAGAGACGUGCUUUCACCUGCAAACAGACGUGCGUCUGUUUGCAGGCAUUCAGGGCGUCAUUUGCACACUUGGUCAACCAUUCCUUAAAGUUACCAAACACGGGGAAAGGUUGUUUUGGAAGAUGAUCGGACAAACAAGCUCUUAGUUUGAAUCAUACUGAGCCUGAGCUCCGUUUCAGGUUUUCAGACACCAAAGAGUAAACGUAAGUAGGGAAAGAGUUAUUUAUCUUAAGAGGAAUUCUGAAAAAUGUGGAGAUUAAUUUAUUAUUGUGAGUUUUUAAUAAUACUUCUUUGGAAAUAGCAAAUCUAAAAUAUCCCAAAUAUUUCUGAUGUUAUAACAGUUUGCAGCUUCACACAGUUGUGUUAUAUAACAUUUGCGUGACUUUGUUCAUGGUUGCCAUCCAUUAUUAGCGUUAAAUCCUUCGACAAACCGCACGGUCCGUCUAAAAAAAGGCAACUGUUGUUUACACUUGGUCACUUUUCUAAAGGCCAAAUUUGGGUUCUUUAUCGGUGUGACUGCCACGUCACAGUAAACGCCUGUGUCUUGUAGCCACCAGGACAUUAAAGCACGCAACAUCUUCAAAACCUGAUUUGGUUAUAGGGAGUGUUUCCAUUACAUACAAUUCAUAUUUGUUUGUGCAAUAAAAGAAAUGAAUGUAGAACCCCUUUA